GGCGCGUGCGGGGUUGGAGCGCGGGAGGAGGGGGGGGGGCGCACGCUCCGCUUUUGAAAUGUCUUGAGGGACGGUUUGUUCAACGGUUUUCCCGUGAGCUGAUGUGGGCAUAAGGUUUACCUUCAGUUAUCCGUAAGUGACGACGGAGUCCGGGAUGUUAAAAUGCUGCAAUCAAGUGAUAUUUUGAAUUUGUGCCAUGACUUUGCAAAUCGAAGAGUUGCCAGGGAAACUGACUAAGUUGUUCUGGAUGAAAGAAGUUGGCCUUCAACUUUGCCGCCCUAUCUCAUUGUUCAACGUAAUAUCACGGUGAUAAUUGCAACAAUGUUGUCUAGUAAUGUGAUUGCUACACAUAGGUCAGCGUGGGUCUCCUUUAACGAUGAUAUACAAUGCACAGUGAAUGGAGGAGAUUCAGUUGGAGGCCAAAGAAAAUAUUCCCCAGUCUCAGUUACAUUAUUUGAAGAUGAUAAUUAUCAGGAUAAUAUAUCGCAGCAUUCUUCUUCAAUUCAACGUCAGCAUAGCCCAGUGUGCAUGACAGAAACAGCAUCUGUGCCAAACGAAUGGAUCAAGUUUGAUGAUCAGCCGUGGUUUAUUCUUUCACCAUUCCGCCCACAAUCAACAGGUUCAAGAGAGCCCCCUACUUCAGAAGGGAGCUGGACUACACAAUCUGAGGAGCCCAGCAAUCUAAGUUUGGCUCUAUCCUACACAGAUCUGCAUUCUAUUGAAACAGAAGAUUUGCACAGUAACAGUAUUUCCAGACCUGAAUCUCCAGAUACUGGCUCGUUUUAUCAUGAUCAUAAUGAAACAAACAUGGAAUCAAUGAAUAGACACCCAGAUAAUAUGCAAUUGAAUGAAUGCAGAAUGUCAAUGGCACGCUUUUCAACCUGGGUCACAUUUGAUGAUGACCCUGAACCAACCCAAACAUCUCUUUCAAAACUGGGAAAUUUUCAUAGUUAUCCAAAUCAAGAAAAAGUCGAGCCAUCCCUUGGGCCUAAAAGUGAUGUAGAAAAGGCAGCACCAACAAAUAAUCUGUUAGAUUUUUCAGCCAGAGGGAAGAAUGAUGUGUUUUCACUAACUAGACCCGCUAUAAAUCCCUAUUCACCUACACGUACUACUAACCCUUUUUUGGAUGAAGCUCUGCGUGAUGUCCAACCAUCGCCAAUCAACCCAUUUCAAGCAUUCUUUGAAAAGAGUGAAAGUUCUGUCAUAAUGAAUUCAUUACACAACAAUUCUCAGAUCUGUCAACAGCUAAGUGAACCUGACUCUCCAUUUAAUGAUGCACACAUCAUUCAGCAAAGGGAUUCUUCUAUCUCAUCCAGCAGAAAUCAAAAUGAUCAAUGGAAUUCAGCUGGUUUCAGGAAUACAUCAGAUUUGGUGCCUCUGUUUUCUGCUAUAAAUAUAAAUAAUCAAGAUGAUUCUGUUUUCAUAAAUUCUCCAAAUCCUGUCUCAGUUGCUGAUAUAAAAAUCAGUAAUCAAAGGGAUUCUAUUAUAUUCACCAAUGCCAAGGAUCUGAUUCCUUCAUUAUCUGAUGUAAAAACCAAUAUUCAAAAGAAUUCUGCUGUUUUUGGGAAUUCUCCGGAUCUAGUCUUUCCAUUUCCAGCUGCAGAUGUGGACAAUCGAAAGGACUCUGUUUUCAUAAGUUCAUCAGAUCCUGUUUCCCUACCUCCUGAUGUGAAAAUCAGUAGUCAAACAGAUUCUAUCAUGACAUUUGGUCUAUCUCCAGACUCCCCAUUUCCUAGUUCUCACAUUAAUGGCCAAAGAGAUUCUAUUAUUCUCAAUAAUUCUCUAAAUCCUACAUUUACAGAUGACUCAAUGAAUUGCAGCCUUCAAACUGAAGUGAUUUCUCAUCUCAAACAAAUCAAAAUUAUGGAUCCAGAUCAAGUUAACAGCCCUACCUUACCUGAUGACCCCCUGAAUUCUCCAGAGGCAGAAAGCUAUGCAUUUAACCUUUUUCAUCUUCCACCUAAAGAUGGGUGGACAAUGAUGCUGAGAAUACCUGAGAAAAAGAACAUAAUGUCAUCAAGACACUGGGGGCCUAUAUAUGUUAAAAUGCUAGAUAAUGCACGUUUACAACUCUUCUAUGAAAAGGGUCUUGAAAAGCCGUUUAGGGAGAUCCAGCUUCUGCCCUUCCAUGAGCUGUCUGAGCUCAAACUUCAGAACUUUGAUGAAAAUGGGAAAAUACAUACUAUAAGAAUAGAUCAAGUAUUAUAUAGGGAAAAACGUAAGUACCAUCCCUUGCCAACAGUAGUUCAAACACCUGUUAGGGUGCAGGUAAUCAAACUAGGCACUACCUGUUAUGAAGAUUAUGUAAGCUUCGUGACCACAGUUCAAGAUACACUAAUGAAACUGCCAAGUGCCAGAGAGAUUUGUGCCAAUUACUUUGAAGAAGAAAUAACUGUGGAAGUACAAGAUGAAUUUCGAGGUAUUGUGGCCAAAGGAGACAACAAGCUUAUCCAACACUGUGUUGUCACUCAUAUCAGUAUUCUGGCUUUUGUUUCUGGGAUGCCAGAAAGCAGAAUAGGCCUCAAUGAUGUUCAAAUGAAGGGAAAUGAAGUUGUGUCAAGGCAUGACAUUAUUCCCACAACAACAACCAAAUGGAUUAAAAUAAAUGACUGUCAGUUCCACAAAUGUGUUGAUAUUGAUGAAUUCAAUAAUUCUAGAUUAAUUAAAUUUUUACCAUUGGAUGGUCAUAAAUUUGAGUUGAUGCGUUUCAGGACUACAUUUAGUGAGAAGACUCUUCCUUUCUCCCUUAAAACCUUGGCUACUGUUAAAGGGGCUGAAGUGGAACUUCAGUCUUGGUUGGUGAUGUCAUCAGGAUUUGUGCCCAAUCGGGACCAAUUUUCAGCGAUGCCUUGUGAAAAUGUGAUGAUUCGGUAUCCUGUCCCAAUGGAUUGGGUUAAAAACUUCCGACGAGAAGGUGUCUUGCGAGAGAAGUCACUGAAAGCUAGAGUAAAUAGGAGUGCCAGCUUUGGUAGUGCAAGUGUGUCUGGCUCUGAACCUGUAAUGAGAGUAACGCUGGGAAGUGCCAAGUAUGAACAUGCCUUUAAAUCUAUUGUAUGGAGAAUCAACAGGCUUCCGGACAAAAAUUCGGCUUCAGGACAUCCACAUUCUUUUUACUGCCGCCUUGAGCUGGGUUCUGAUCGGGAAGUGCCUGCUAGCUUUGUCCACUAUGUGGAUGUGGAAUUCGACAUGCCCUGUACUUCAGCAUCGAAAACAGCAGUUAGGUCGAUCACAGUGGCCGACAAGACAGAUGUGAGAAAGUGGGUUGUUUACAAAGCACACUACAAUUAUCAGGUGGAAAUGGAACAGAAACGGGUUUGGGCUGCAAGUGGAGAUGGUGUGGAAGCUGACCGUCCAAACGAAUGUGCUCAGCAGUGAAGCAAUCCCAGUGCAGAGACAAAAUAAUGGACUGUGCUAUUACAAUGUCAUUUCAGCACGCCUGUGUGGCACAUUGCUGUCUGUGCGCAAAUUUCAAUUCCUGAAGAGACCAAAAGAGAAGAAAUUUUAAUUGAUGUAUUUCCUGAAUUUAAAUGACUAAAAGUGUAGGGACAAACAGUACUGAUUGAAAGGUGGAUUCAAUCCUCUGUAUAGAUUAUAUGUAGAGUACUGCAUUUUCUCAUCAAAUACCACAUAAUCAAUCUCAGUUUCUCUCUUGAAUGUACUGAGAACCUGAGCAAGAGUGAACAUGGGAAUAUCAGCUCUCACAGUUGAGCAACUCUUUGGCUUGUUGUUCCUUCUCUACUUCUUUUCCCCUUCUGAAAACACAGAAGGGAAUCAUCACAUGUCUGCAUGAAGCAGUUCUCCUUGUCCUGUUCGCCACUUGUGCAUCUGAGUUUGAGGUUUUCUGAUACUGGUCUUUUUCUGGGUGGUUCUGGAAUGAGAAACUUCAGAUUUAAAGAUACAUUGUUUCCUUUUUUAACUCUGCUGAGAUUGUGGUUUGGAGCUUUCAGAUCAUAGAAAUAUUUUUUUGAAAUUUUAAUAUUUCAAUUCAGUACAUUUCAUUCAUCCAAAGACAAUAUUUUUUGGAUGAAUGAAAUGCACCCUGUACUUUGGAAAAGAAAUUCUUUCUGUAGCAACAGGCAAAAUUAAUAGAAUGUUGCCUUUUCUUAUUGCUCCCAUACUCCUUGGACUGCUUAGCUCCCUGACUAAUUAGUGGGUAAAUACACUACCUGGAGUUCUGAGCCUUGCAGGUGGGAUGGCCAGUGAUGCCAAGAAUGGAAGUCAGGAGAUCCAAAUUUCAAGCCCCAGUCAGUGCUGAGUUUGCUGAUCUUACCCAAGGUAUUAAUGGGGCCAGUGUAAUCACCUCAGUGUCUUUGGUAUUACUGGUCUUAGUGCCUUUGGGUUAGCAAAAAUGAAAGAGUCAUAGAGAGAUACAGCAAAGAAAUGGGGCCUUUGGCCCACUGAGUCUGGCCUGUCAAGUACCCAUUUUAACACUAAUCCUACCUUGACCCAUUGUAUUCUCCCCACAUUCCCAUCAACACCCCCUCAGAUUCUGGAGGAACUCAGCGGGUCAAGCAGCAUGCAUGGAGAGAAAGAAAUUGUCGACGCUUCGGGUCAGAACCCUGCAUGAAUCCUGAUACAGGGUCUUGACCUGAAAAGUCAGUGAUUCCUUCCCUCCCACAGAUGCUGCUCGACCUGCUGAGUUCGUCCAGCAGUUGGUUUUUUUACUUCAGAUUCCAGCAUCUGCAGUCUCUUUUGUCCCCCUCAGAUUCUACCACUUAUACUAGGGGCAAUUUUGCGUGGGCAAUUAACCCGCUGAUGCGCAUGAUAUUUGGGAUGUGGAGGAAACCAGAGCAUCCUGAGAAAACCCAUGCAGACAUAGGCAGAAUGUGCAACCUCCACACAGACAGAGGUUAGGAUGGAACCCAGGUUGUGUGAGCUGUGAGGCAGCAGCUCUGCUAGCUGCACCAGUGUGUUGCCCUAUUGGAGUGAAGUAUGUGAAACAUUCGAUAUUGGAUCCAGAAGACUGCCACCUACUUUAGACCAUGGUACCUUUGGCCACAAUCAACAAUGCCAGGAACAACGAGGAGAAGAAUUUGCAGAAUGGCAAAGUUUUUUAAAAUCUCUAUAAUAUGCUGCAGCUACUACCACAUUGCUUUAAGGUCUAAGUAAUUUUUUUUUUCAUUUUAUUCUAAGCAGAAAAUUAUAGUAGCCCGGCAUUUUGAGAUGAACAUUUAAUGAAUGGUGAACUAAUGAAAUGAAUAAAGAGGCAAAAUGUCAGUAUUCCAAGUAUCCUGGAUUUGUGUGGAAAGAAAAAAAAAGGGAAAAAGAAUUAAGAAUCUGAGGAAAAGUUUCAUUGGAGGGGCAGGAAAUUGUAAUAGUAUUUUGCAGGCACAAUUUUAUAUUUGGUCAAUUUUCCAAAGCUUCAUAUUGAGUGUUGAUUGCCAUGACAAUUGUAUGCCAGCAAAUCACAUGACACAAACAAUGUUGUUGUAAAAGUAUUUGUAAUAUUCAGAAUACGGUUCUAAUUUUUAAUAUUCCACAACUCAAGUUUGGUGAAUGCCGGCAAAAUCUCUUGUAGCACUGUUCACUGAAUUGGAGGAAGGAUUCCAUGGCUUUUCAGAGAGUGUAAAGGCUAUUUACAGAAUGAGGGAUGAGGAAUUUUAACUACAUAUGGAGACUGGAAAAGGUGAAGUCAUUUCCUUUGUCCAAAAAAAUUAAAAGGGACUUGUUGUUUAAAUAUCAUAGGACUUUAAUUGAGUAUAUAGUGAGAGGCAGGAAGGACAGUUUCCAGAGGAAAUAGAUUUAGACAAGAGAAUUGGAGGAGGUAGACUUUUAUAGUGAGUUAUGAUCUGGUAAGAAUGGUGAAAGCUGAUCCAAUAACUUUCAACAGUAAAUUAUAUGUACUUCUCAUAUUCCUUUAUGGUGUAAAAGACCAUUUGUCCCAUCAAGACUCAAAGCAUUCCCAUCAAUCCCCAUGUGCCACUUACUUCCCUAUAACCCCAUUUCCCCCUUUCAUGUCCAUCAACUCCCCCUGAUUUUCCUGUCACGCAUCUACACUCCGGUAGUUUUACUGUACCUGACUAACCUGCAACAUGUCUUUGGGAUGUGGGAGGAAACUGGAGCAUCUGAGGGGAACCUAUGCAAUCACAGGGAGAAUGUACAAACUUCACACAAACAGCACCAAGGUCAGAAUCUAACCCAAGUCACUAACUGCUCCCUCACUGUGCUGCUCUUAAAGAGGAAAUCUGUAGGUCCACAGGCUGGGAGCAGGGAGGGAGAGUGGGAUUAAUUGAAUGGGUGUCCCACCAAAGAGCUGGCAUGGGCACUGUGGGCAAAUACCACCUCUUGUGGUGCAUAAUCUUAAGGUGGCAUCACAACAUCAGUAUUAUCAACAAGAUGUGUGUGAAACUUAAUGUGAAAAGAUUUAUUAAAAAUUGUUCUUGCCUUUUUAUGAUGAUUUGACUGUUCUACAGGCUAUAAAGGCUGUUGGAACCAAGGAGUUACAGUGACUUAAAAAGUCACUUUACCUUAAUGACUGUCACAAGCUUCCCAUUUGUUUUUUUUUGUUCUAUCCUGCUGUGUAUGUUCCGUAGCAUCCACGUACAAUACAAGAACUCCCUUUUAAAUUAUUUGUUCUGAACCUUCACUAUCUCUUAUUGGUCUUUAUAUUAAAUAUCUCUCAAACCCCAAUGUUAGAUUUUUGAUUAAUCCAAUCAUAAGGUAAAUAUCCUGUCUUGCUCACUGCCGCACCAAGAUAAGCUGCAAGGAUAAUACAUUUGGAGACUGUGAAUAGGCAGUCCUUUAAGGCUUUAGUACCACAGUGAAGUACCCAACCUCACCUGCGGUAACAUCCAUUCUGUUCAAAGAAAUUUCCUGUUGAAGCUUUUGUCCUCAUUUGCUCUAUAUAGGAGAAAUCCAUGGCUGUGUAUCACUGUGAAAAGAACAUAUUCUUUUAUAGAAGGUUCAGCAGUUAAAGGAGCUGAUUGCAUUUGGUUAAAGGAAGGUAUCUCUGGUAACGGCCCAGUUGUAAUGCGUGGACACAGGAAAACUUCCUCUGAAGGUGUAAAGAUAAAUUUACUCCCAUGGUGAAGAUGUCUUACAUUUUUUAAGGUAAAUUUAAAAUGUCUUUUUACUGUAGCCCUACACCCUCUGAGAUGUUUGGAUUCCUCCAAUGCUGUCCUCCUCUGUAACCCUGAUAUUCUAACAUUCUACCAUUGGUGGCUGCCCAUUCAACCAUCCAACCUCUGCAACUCCACCCCCAGUCCCUCUUUGUCACCCCAUGAAGCCUAGAUUGUCACCCAUCUUAACAUUUCUUAAUGUGAUUUGCUGUCAUUUUUUUUAUUCUGUUAAGGCACCCGUGAAGCACCUUGAGAUGUUUGACUGCUUUAAAGUGCCAUAUAAUUUUUAUUUUAGAACCAUGAUAAUGAAUUAGUUUGAUUACCCUUAACUUUAUAAAGAAGAAAAAAAAAUCAAAGCUAGGCUACCAACAAAAUAUACCCAUCAAUACUCUUUACACUUGUGUCUGCUUUAGUUGUAUCGUAAUGAAACUUCCAUAUAUAACUGGCACUUGUUUGUAUUUUUAAAUAAAUGUUUGGGGUGUCUAGCA